AUGCCUGCCGAGGAACAACCACCAUUCCCCAAACCGGCGGUCGAGCAACCCAUGCAGUCCCCCGGCUCUAAACACCCCAAUGCCGAAGCUCUCCUCAACGCGGCAGCAAAGCACGUCUUCCCCGAGAGCCAACGGACGACGAUCCCUCCGAUCCGGCAAGAGAAUGAGCACGAGGACGCAGAGGUCACUCGUGAGGGCCAGGACGGGAAACAGGAGGAGGAUAAGCGGCAACGCAAAGAUAGGGAGGAGGAGCCCAUCAUCGGCGGUACUCCACUCGAUGAGAUGACACCUAUGGAGACGCCGAUGGGCAACACUGGGUCAGGCGGAGCAGGCUUUCCCUUCAGCAAGCCACCCAAGGGAAGUCUGGCCGAGACGGCGAUCCCGGAAGGUGAGGCGAUCACUGGUCCGACCGCCGGGGAUGAGGAGUAUAGCGUCAAGGCGGUCCGGCCUGGAUUCGGAGCGGGGAAGGAGAUCGGCUCGGUCCGCAUGGGCGCGUCAGCUCUGAUGUCUGCUCUCAACGCCCUUCCUUGGGAAGAGGACGCAGGCGAUAACUCCUCAGACUCUGAAGACGAGGAGGAACAUCAUCCGCAAGACGAGCGGCACUCGGCCAGACCCAGUCGGCCAAAGGGUAGGUUCACCGUUCACCAAGCAUGGAGCACAAAGGAGGCCGCUGAUCAUCUAGCAUCCCGCAUGCACUCGUCUCUGCACACCAUCCGCCCACAGGAGAAGAGCGGGUCCGACUCCGAAGAUAUCGCAUUCCGCCGUCCCAACGAGGACGAAGCGCGCGAGCUUUCGGAAGAGGGCAAGCCAGCCAUCAUCGCCGAGGUCAUCUCAGGCGAUCGUCGGCGAUCGUCUACCGCCAGCUCCGGAUCUAUGCCGCCCGGCGCGCGCGGUGUUCUCAACGACCGGAUCGCAAAGGAAGAGCAUCAGGCCUCGAAAGAAGAGAGCAAGGAGAUGGACCGAACUGGCAGUAACAGGAGCGGCGGGGAGUCGCCCAGUGACGGUAAUGUCGACGCUGCCCUUCAUGAGGCGGAAGGCGAGGGUGAAGAGAUCGAGAACAGGAUGGGUAUGGGCGAUGGCGAGCGUCAGCGAGUAAGGAAGGAGAAGCUGGGCCAGAGGUUGAUGGAGGUCUUUGGAUUAUCGGAGAGGGAGGCAGUCAUUGAGGAGAUGCGGUGCUGGUUGUUGCGAAGCAUUAUGCUCAAGGGUUACAUGUACUUGACGGCCCGUCAUAUUUGCUUCUUUGCGCACAUGCCGGACCGAGAGAACGUGGUGGUCAAGAGCGGUCCGCUGUCGAAGAAAGCCGGUCGCAUGAAGACCAAAACCAAAUACUGGAUGGUACUCAAGAAUGACGUCCUGAGCUGGUUUGAGAGCACAGCGGACCCAUACUUCCCCAAAGGCAACAUCUCGCUCCAGUAUGUCUCCUCAUGCGAAGCGAUGGAAGACCUCCGCCUCAAGAUCCGCACGCCCGAGCGCAACUACUCCUUCAUCGCCGAGACUGAGAGUGCACGGGACGAGUGGGUCAAGGCGAUCCAGAAGGUCAUGUUCAAGACGCAGCACGAGGGGGAGAACGUCAAGCUCGUCAUUCCGCUCGAAGCCAUUCUCGAAGUAGAACACUCCCCAACGCUCGAGUUCGCCGAGACGGUCGAAAUCCGCUGUGUCGACCCAGACGACCAAAUGUCUGUCGACUCGUACUUUUUCGCCUCGUUUGCCAACACAGACCGGACUAUCCGGACCAUCAAGCGGCUCAUUGAAGCUCGACCGGCGGAGAUGCUGCCUCGCCUCAACAGCGAGCCUGACCUCACCCUAGCGGCUGCCGACGCAGAGGCAGAGCACGAAGAGGCCGAGCAAAAGAAGCAUAAGGGUGUGCUGGGCGGGCUGAAGAAGGCGCUGAAGCCGCUCGUCGGUGGAUCGCAUUCCGAUCAGCCCAAGAAGAGCGUCUCGAUCGCCGAGGGCAGUCGGGGCUCUGAGGAGACACUUCACCCGGGUCUCGGGGGAGUCGGGGGCGGCGGCGGAUCGGCCGUGGAGGAUGGGUAUGAUGGCUAUCCGCCCCGGCAGACCGGGACAGCCCCGCCCGUCAAGGGCGAGAAGGGCUGGACCGGAUGGCUCAAGAAGCCGGUCGUCAAGAUGAUGCACUCGAAGCCUUCGUCCUCCGGUGCUAGCAUGCGAAGCAGCACCUCGGCUCGAUCAUCGACUCUACACCCCGUCAAAUCCAACUCGUCCCGUCGGAGCUCUCGACCCGGACCUGGGGAGGCCGAGCACGUCACCGAGGUCGUCGAGCCCGUCAUCCCCAACUCGGACUCUGAUUACUCGUCAGACGACGAUGCGGGUCCACAGCACCCUCACUCACGUCGCGGGGCUCGGAAAUCGCGAGGAUCGUUCAAUUCCGAUAUGUCGGCCAGGAGCGGGCUGGAGCGGAGCGAUUAUGCCAUGGUGGAUGGAAGUGAGGAGGGGCGGCACGAGGAAGGCGAGACGGCUCGGAAGUUCAGGAGCGUCUUUAGUCUGCCGGACAGGGAGGAGUUGAUUGAUCACUUCCCGGGAUACCUGUACCGAGUCUUGCCUGUCUCUGGGCGGUUCUUUGUCUCGACCAACUACUUCUGUUUCCGCUCGUCUCAACUCUUGUACAAGACCAAGGUGUGUAGAAUGAUGAUCCCCAUUCGUGACCUGUACGGCCUCAAAGCGCAAAAAGCCUUCCGCUUCAACCACUCAGGCCUCAUCAUCGUCAUCAAGGGCCACGAGGAGAUCUUCCUCGAGUUCUCCUCUUCGGAGCGACGCGAAGCCUGCGUCCGGGUCCUCGAACAGCGCAUGGAAGAGAUCCGCCUCAACUCGCCCUCCAAAUUCGGCGCCACGAGCUCUCACCAGCCCGACACGGGGAACCUCGAAAUGCGAAUCAUGGAGGAUCUUGACGAGUCGGCGCCGCUCGAGACACGCACGCCGCCGCCGGUAUCCCCGAGCGGGAUGUUUGAGAGUACGACGAGCACGUUCCUCGAGUUCAAGCCGGAUCCGAUGCGCGUAACGUGCUUGACGAUUGGGAGUAGGGGGGAUGUGCAGCCAUACAUUGCGUUGUGUAAGGGGUUGCAGGCGGAGGGGCAUCAUACCAAGAUUGCUACGCAUGGGGAGUACAAGGACUGGGUCGAGGGGCAUGGUAUCGAGUUCGCCUCGGUCGGAGGAGACCCCGCCGAGCUCAUGCAGAUGUGCGUCGACAAUGGCAUGUUCACUGUUUCGUUCCUCAAAGAAGGGCUCGGCAAGUUCCGAGGAUGGCUGGACGAUCUGCUCUGCUCCUCAUGGGAAGCCUGCCAAGGCUCGGACCUCCUCAUCGAGUCGCCAUCCGCGAUGGGUGGUGUCCACAUUGCCGAGGCAUUGCAAAUUCCGUACUACCGGGCGUUCACAAUGCCAUGGACACGAACACGAGCAUACCCGCACGCCUUUGCUGUACCUGAGCACAAGAAGGGUGGAGCCUACAACUACAUGACAUAUACGAUGUUUGAUCAGGUCUUCUGGCGGGCUAUCUCGGGACAGGUCAACCGAUGGCGGAGAAAGACGAUGGGUAUUGAGGCGACCAACUUUGAUAAGCUCGAGCAGCACAAGAUUCCGUUUUUGUACAACUUCUCGCCGAGCGUCGUUCCGCCCCCUCUGGACUGGACCGAGUGGAUCCACGUCACCGGAUACUGGUUCCUUGAGAAUGCGGAUGAGAGCGCUGCAAAGGACAAGAAGCAGUGGUCUCCCCCGGAUGGACUGUUGGAGUUCAUGGAGGAGGCCAAGAGCAAGGGCAAGAAGAUUGUCUACAUUGGCUUUGGCUCUAUCGUCGUUUCCGACCCGGAAGAGAUGACGCGCUGCGUCUGCGAUGCUGUUGUCGAUGCCGACGUGUACGCUAUCCUGUCCAAGGGAUGGUCGGACCGUGGAUCCAAGAAGGACGGCGAUGGGGACAAGGAUGGCAAGGACGGGAAGGACGCGGACGGGGCGGAUGGGGUCAAGUACCCCAAGAACAUCUUCAGUAUCGACUCGAUCGACCACUCGUGGUUGUUCACCAGGAUCGACGCGGCUUGUCAUCAUGGUGGAGCCGGGACGACAGGAGCGAGUCUGCGAGCUGGAAUUCCAACCAUCAUCAAGCCCUUCUUUGGUGAUCAGGCCUUCUGGUCCGAGCGAGUCGAAUCCCUCAAUGUCGGUUCGGCGGUCCGGAAACUCACUGUCGAGUCGCUCUCGGAGGCGCUCAAGAAGGCGACCACGGAUGAGAAGCAGAUUGCGAAGGCCAAGGUUGUGGGUGAGAUGAUUAGGCGGGAGAACGGGGUUGUGCGUGCUAUCGAGGCGAUCUACCGCGACUUGGAAUACGCAAAGUCCCAGAUCAAGCCUCUUCCGACACCUCAGGACGGCUCGAUCCCUCUCACCAAAAUGUCCUCCCUCCUCUCGAAAGACAGUAUCUCGCUCUCGGGCCUCAGCCUCACCAUGCAUUUGGGGACGCCGCAGAAGGUUGCGGCGGAGCAGCCGGCGCACACUCAGAGUCAGAGCAGGGAUACCUCGGCGGAUAGGGAGCCGGGGAGCGAUGGGAGCUGGAGUGUUGUGAGUCAGGAGGGAAGGAGUCGGGCGGGGAGCGUGACUGGUCCUGAGCAGGAGGGUGCGUCGGCGCCAGCGGCGGCGGGUGGAAGAGCACUGGAUCUUGGGUUGGGUCCGGCGAUAUAA